CCGCAAAGAGGGCUGAUGGCUUGACAACGGCAAUGAGACGGGUGGUCAGCGUGUGGUUGGAAGUCCGGCUGCUGCUCCGCUAUUCAAGGCAUGAUAUUCCCCGGUUUCUGCGAGCCCCUCCGUUGAAAUUUUUUACUCGAUCGCUAUCAUCUUGACAGAGGUUGUUGUUGCUUGCCACAAGUGAUCAAAGGAAUAUCAUUUGUGAUGCUGCUCCAGUAUCUGACGAUAUGGCUUGCCAUAUUCGUUCAAUUGUCUAUACAAUGGUUUCCAAAAACAAGCUCUACUACCCCGCCACUUCCAAUCUGGAGUCCGACUUAUGGACCUCACCCAGAAAGCACUGAUUGCGAAGAGUCAACAACGCCGAUUCAUGAACAUUCUACCCCAAGCAGCCAAGCGUCAUCGUUCGGAACUCCUUCAUCGGGAACGAAGAGCUCAUUUGUUACUCCUUCGACGAGCACUUCGACUUACCACGAAUCACACUCCAGCCUGCUGAGCUCGAAGUCUUAUUGGAGCUCUCAACCUCCGAGCACACACGUGACGACAAUCGAAACCACAGUCACCACGGAGUGUACUGAGUCGACAGAGUCAGUCUCUACAACAAGCAGCUUCUCAUCUGUUACUAUUCCACCUCACUCAACUUCCUCGACCACUGAAUGUACGGAAUCCACGCUAUCCAGUACAUCCAGCACGCUUUCGUCGGUCACGACAACUACCUACCCAUACUCUCAGUCUUCGCCAACGAGCUCUAAACUAUACAGCUCUCAGUCGAGCCUGUCGUCUAUACCAUCUUCAACUCCUCCUAGUUCGGUAUCUUCGAGCUCCUGGAGCUCUCGGACUUACAGCUCUCCGAGUUCAUCGUAUCCAAUUUCCUCGACUCCGAGCAGCAGUCCAACUUCAUCGAAUACCUGGAGCUCUAUCUCUACACCAUCGACGUCGUCCAUUCCUGUAUCAUCAUGUCUUCCGACAUCCGUCAUAGUCUACAAGACAAUUUAUAUCACGGCCCAAUUCACGAGCCUAGUCACCACCACCCAGUCAAUAUAUGUUGGUCCGCCGUCCCUUGUCGUCGUUACGAGCACGAUCUCAGGUCUCACUUAUACCACCUCGGUCACUGAGUACCAAACAUUGGUAUCCACCAAAACGCUGCCGGGAUCAAUCAGCACAACAACUUUACCUCCUUCAUUUGUCUGUCAAGCUGGAACAACUUAUGUCACUAAUUUCAAUUAUGGAAAUUUCACUACGACGAUCCAAGAUUGUAGCAAGACUAGACACACGUCUAGAUCUUGUGUCUGCCCAAGUUUCUGUCCUUACUCGCCAAUGACCAGUUGUGCUUUGUCUACAAUCACAUUUACAACGACGGAUAUCGUGAUAUUUCCACCUACAACAAUCACCCGAUCCUUUUCGACAAGCUGUCCGACGCCCACGACAUCUUCUUGUGUAGCUACCAGUACAAUUAUUCCAUCGAGUUGCCCGAGUCACACGGUCUCUUCUUGCAUAGCUACGAGUACAUUUAUUCCCUCGAGCUGUCCAACUUAUUCUCCGACAUCAUGUAUCCCAACAUCAACUGUUAUCCCAACGACAUGCCCGAGCUGUGUUCCCGUGACGGUGUCAAGAAGUUGUUCGUUAUCAUCGGUUUCUACUUCCUGCGCCAGCUGUACGCCAAUCACAAUCUAUGCCUCUACCUGCUCUCCAAUCACCUACUCACCUUCAACAUCUUCGUCUUGCAAACCAAUCACAGUCACUACCAGCAAUCCAGCAUCUACUUGUUCCGGAACAACGAUAUAUGCCUCCACCUGCUCUCCAAUCACUUUUUCACCUUCGGCAUCUUCGUCUUGCAAACCAAUCACGGUCACUACAAGCAACACGGGAUCCACUUGCUCCGUAAAAACAAUCUACGCGAGCUCAUGCUCUCCUACGUUGUCGUCCUCUUCGACUCAAUCCUCGUGCUCGGCGACAACAGUCUACGCUAGCUCCUGUUCUCCCACUUCUUCACUAAGCUCACUACAAUCAACUUGCUCCCCAACCACAGUCUACGCCAGUUCUUGCUCUCCCACCUCCUCACUCUCAUCAAAUUCAAUCUCUCAAUCCUCAACAUGCAACGCCAUAACCUCCACCGUCACCCAAACCCAAAACUGCACCUCAACGCUCUCAUCAACAAGCUCCCUCUCAACCUGCAUCCCCGUCACAAUUACAGUAUCCACCUCAACGAAUCCCGGCUCCCGGACCUCCUCGAGCUCGGGCUCAACCACGUUCAUACGCCCUUCAGAAACACAGUCCUGUCCGCCUGGCUGUAUUACAAAAUGCGACAAACAACGCGACUACCUAAUACUAUUCAUUCUCUUCCUGAUUCUGUUCAUCAUCUUCUUCCUAUUGUUCCUAGGAACGGCGCUUUACCAUUGGAGAUUCAGACACAGAGUAAGAUGCCGUGUUUGCGAGUUGACGGCUGAUGUUUGUACAUGUGCUGCGGGCCCAACGUUGGGUGCUGCAAGCGCGGCUGCUGGGGCUGGAGCUGCAAUGUCUCAGGGUGGGCAACAGGCGGCUGCUUCGGGUGGAGACGGUGGUGGUGGUGGAGGAGGAGGAGGAGGAUCGUAUGGUAAUCCUGGGACUAGUUGAGAGUAAGGAAUAGGAGAAGACGGAGGAGGGGAAGUAAUGAGGAAUACCCUGUUGUUUCACUUCGUGAUGUUAAUGAUACCAUGAUAUCGAGACUCGUAAUGUAAUCGAGC